AUGUUCUUGCUGAAAUUUACUGCAAAAACAGGUAUAGCUGUUGAGUAUGAAGGUUCUCCUGAAUUUGAAGUUCAAAUCCUUGUGCAAGCAGAGGCAGGUACACCCCCAGAUAUCGCAGGUUUGCCACAACCUGGUCUUAUGAAAUCUCUUGCAGAAAAGGGGCAUCUUAAAACAAUGUGGCCAGAAAUUAUUGCACAGAUAGAUAGAAAUUAUUCACCAGCAUGGAAGGAAUUAGCAACAUACAACGGAGAGGUAUACGGUAUUUACCACCGUGUAAACGCUAAGAGUUUUGUGUAUUACAACAAGCAAGAGUUUACAAGUCGAGGCUAUUCAAUCCCAAAAACAUGGGAUGAGCUCAUAGCGCUAAGCGAUCAAAUGAAAGCCGAUGGGAUAGCUCCAUGGAGUAUUGGUAUGGAAUCAGGGGCAGCAACAGGAUGGGUAGGCACUGACUGGAUGGAAGAUGUAAUGCUGAGAACAGCAGGUGCCGAUGUGUAUGAUAAGUGGAUAUCGCAUGAUAUUCCAUUUAACGAUCCUUCUGUACUCAAUGCAAUGCAGUAUGUAAAGCAAAUUUUCUUUACCCCUGGUUAUGUUCUAGGUGGGGCAUCUACAAUGCCAGCACUUAACUUUGGAGAUUCGAUACGACCUUUGUUUCAAAAUCCACCAACAGCUAUGCUACACCGCCAAGGAAAUUUUAUUUUUAACUGGUUACCUGAUAAUGUCAAGGCAAAUAUUGAUCAAUAUGUAGGGGUAUUUCCUCUUCCGCCAAUAGAUCCUAAUGCAGCAUCACCACCAAUCAUGGGGGGAGGCGAGCAAUAUGUGGUGUUUAACGACACACCAGAGGUACGUAAGGUUAUGGAGUUCCUUGCUUCAUGGGAUUCUGGUAGAACAUGGGCCUCAAGGGGAGGGGCAUUAUUCCCUUACAAAGACCAAGACUACAGCGCAUAUGCUACCGAUAUAGAAAGAGAGCUUGCAAAGGCACUUGUUGAGGCGUCAGCGUUUAGAUUUGACGCAUCCGAUCUUAUGCCACCAGAGGUAGGAAAUGGGACUUUCUGGACUGGUAUGGUAGAAUGGGUUACAGGAAAAGACGACAGAGCAGUACUCAAUGAUAUAGAGGCAAGUUGGCCCUAA